UCAACACGUUUCUGCAAAUAGUAUUUAUUAAAAUAUUUUUUUAAAAAAUUUAGUUAAACAUAUACUUUAGGAUAAUUUUCAAAAUUAUAAUAUGAAUAUCAAGUUAGUUUUACAGCGUAUGAUUUACAGUGAAGGGAUGAACCCACUCCAGCACUCCGUUAUUUUUGCAAUUACUUUUUUCUCUUUUCUUGAUGCUAUGACAACUGUCGUCUCUUACUUCCCUAAACUUGUUAAGUCGUUUGGAGCGUCUGAAGUUCAAGCAGGUAAAGAUGCUGGGUUACUUAGUUCAUCUUUGUUCUUUUCAAGAAUAUUCAGCAGCAUUCUCUGGGGUUACUUUGCGGAUAAAUAUGGUAAAAAGAAGUUGUUGUUUAUCUCAUCUAAUUGUAUUGCCAUUUCCACAUUUGCAUUUGGUUUCAGUCGUACAUUUACUUGGGCUUUCGUAACAAGAUUACUACAAGGUGCAUCAAUGGGUGUCGUUGUUAUUGCAAAAAGCUUAAUAAUAGACAAUUGUGAUGACACAAAUAUAUCUUUGGCUUUUUCAAUUUUAUUAACUGGCUAUUAUCUUGGACUAAUUAUUGCACCAAGUUUAUCAGGUGUCUUAGUUUUUCCUGCUGAACAAUAUCCUAAAGCAUUUAGCAAAGAUCAAAAGAAAGUUUUUCAAGCGUUAUGCUUUAUGGGCUCUAUGGAGUUGUUGGUACUGGAGUUGCGCAAUUUUUACCCAGCUUUUUAGCAACUUCCAGAGACUAUGGUGGGGCUGGAAUGACAGUACUUGAUAUUGGCAUUAUGUUGUUUGUCUCUAGUAUUUUAGUUUUAAUUGCACCACUUGGUACUUCAAAGUUACAAUUUUGGCUCGGAGCUAAAAAGACAUUUGUUGGAUCCACAAUCAUUUUUGCUUUCAUGGUUGUAUUAUUACCAAGUUCUGCAUCACCUAAAAAUAGCAUAUUGCGAUGGAUCCUUCUAUUGAUUGUUCAAGUCCUUAUUGAUGUUGUAAAUAAUGCGUGUUUUAUUAGCAUUAACAUAUUUUUGGGUAAUAGUGUAGAGCCUGAUCUUUUGGGUACAAUUAAUGGAUUUGGAAUGUCUAUAUCUUGCAUUGGAAGGGCUAUUGGACCAGCAAUUUUUGGUUUAUCUUACAGCUGGUCGUUGUCAAAUAUUGAGCAACAUAAACUUGGAUUUCCAUUUAAUCAAUACUUUGUUUUCUUUCUAAUUUCCAUUGUCUGUUUGCUUAAUGGUGCGUACGUUUACUGGCUCAUUCCAUCUACUUUAAAUAAAAGAAAAGUGCUUUCAGAAAAUUAAAUUGUUAUCAGACUCAAAAACUAAAAUAAAUAAAAAGUUUAGUCAAUCAUUGAUUUGUACCAAUGCAGGGCUCCUUAAUAUCAA